GGCGCAUGUGCGCAGCGAUUGAACACGGUUAAAGCCGAAGCUUGAACCUCAACCGAUAACUCAUCUCCUUUACCAGAGGUCGUGAACAGGUAACUGACGGAUCACAGCGGUGGAUUUAAUGGAAGUCUAAUGGAAAAUACACGUUGAUCUUUACCUGGAGGAUAUAUUUUAACUUUUGACCCAGUGGAAGAUCUAAGUCGUAUGUGAUGCAGAUUACCAUGCUGUGUGAAAGAAGAAAACAAAAGAAUGAAGAAGAGGGUCUUUGCUUUUGAUGUCAUCCUUAUUGUCUGGGAAGAUAAAAGUGAAUUCUGUAUCUGUUACUGUGUGGAAGAAUAGAUCGGCUCUCGAAGGAAAGAACAAUGGAUUUGAGAUCUUCUGUUUUCCUUCAUGGUCUUCCAGCAAUAUUGUGCAUAAAUGGAAACUCUGGUACCUGAAAAGUACACUGAAACUAUGUAGUUUUAGUUAUGUAGUUUAGUUAUGAGUGAUAGUUCACCUACUCAACAUCACAGGAAAAUCACUAUGAACCUAACCCCAGAUCAGCCACCAACCCUGCUCUAUGACCUUCCCAGGGCAUUGGACCUUCAGCGUGAACCUCAAAACAAAAACAGGUCGGCUCCAGCCAGCUUCUUCAACAGCACCUUCUUCUUCCAGGAUAAUGCGGCUUUAGAAUGGCAGCUGUUCCUCACCAUCCAAGAGCCUGGCACCAUUAUAUUGACAGUCCUGUACUCUAUUUCCUUCCUUGUGGGGUUUUUUGGCAAUGUCAUGUCCCUCAAAGUCCUACUGGGCCAGCAUGGAAGCAUGCGACUGUCAGGUGCUAGCGCCACCCGUUGUCUGUUGAUAAACUUAGCAGUGUGCGAUCUGGCAGUGGUUUGCGUGUGCAUGCCUGUCACUUUGGGUCACCGCAUCUAUACGCCGUGGGUGUACGGGGACUUCCUGUGCCGGGCGGUGCCCUUCACGCAAGCUGUGUCUGUUUCCGCCAGCGUCCUAAGCAUCACAGUCAUCAGCAUUAGCCGGUACUACGCAGUUCACUCACCGCUACAAUCCCGUGCAUACUUCACUCGUCGACGUAUCCUUGCCUCUGUCACAAUCGUGUGGGUUAUCUCCUCUGUGAUCUGCAUGCCGGUCGCCAUUGUUACCAGGCGAGAUGAAGUAGCUUUAAUCGAAGGAUUGGCCAUCGUCCUGCCUGUCUGUGGAGAGGUAUGGCCUCAACCACGCUUGCGACAAGCAUACAACGUCCUGCUCUUCAGUGCCCUCUACUGCCUACCUGUGGGGUUUAAUCUCACUCUAGCCUUUCUAACAUGUCGUCGGCUGCGUAGCACUCGCUCUGAGGGACGGUUCACAGAGUUGGACCCGCGUUCCCAGGCGCUUCAUGAAACAAGGCUACAGGGGCGCCGACAGAUCGCACGUAUGGUCGCAGCUUUGGUUCUGCUCUUCGCUCUGUCAUGGUUGCCAAUGUAUGUGACUGAUAUUUGGCUGGACCGUGAGUUGCGCCAUCCACCGGACUGGCUUCUUCAGACCAGACCCUUUGCACAGUGGUUGGGCCUCACCAAUUCUUCUCUCAAUCCUUUUUGCUACUGCUUCAUUGGUGACCUCCACCGCUCAGCCAAGGCUUUGCGUUUACGCCUCUGCGGGCCAUCCCCGGCCUCAGCGCUGGCUCUGGCCUCACUUCCGAAAAUAUUCAACCUGCAGAAUCAAGACAAAUCUCAAAGCGCCACCGACAACUCAAACAACUCCUGCGGAGAGGACACUGGGAGCCUGAAUCUGUCGAUAUGGUGGACUCAAUCUCGCACAUGUGAGUCAGUGAGCUUGCCUUACCAUUUAGGAAUGACUGAGGUGAUUACACUGGAUACAUAGCAGAUCUGAUGCACCGCUGUGGACAUUUGCUUUCAGAUGUGUCGUGCUUUGUGUUUUGUGCUUCUAGAAAACUGGAUUUAAGUGUUAUUUUGCAGAAAAAUCAUUUACUUAUGCUCAUGUCAUUCCAAACCUGCAUGACUUACUUUAAUGUGUGAAACACAAAAUAUAAUGAUUUUAACUGUUUUUGUCUAUACAUUGAAAGUCAGUGGGGUUCAAACAACAUUUGACUUUCAGCACUGACCACUGACUUUCAUUAAAUAGCCAAAAAAAAAAAAAAAACACAU